UUCGACGACUGUUCAUUUCCCUUUUUUUAAUUGAGCCUCCGAAAUUCAGAAAUUACGGACGAGCUCAAAAAGUCGAAUCUCGAUUUCUGUCAACUGUGAGCUACAAGAAGACCAACAAAAUCUGAAAAAUUGAGGUUGGAGAACGAACAAAACAACCCAAAAUCCUCUUCAGAUCGUUGUCUUCUCGAUUCGCAAAUUCUCAAUUGAACCAGUGGGGAUAGUGUGCCACGUAGCAAUCGAGAUGAGUGAGGUGUUUGAAGGCUACGAGCGUCAGUACUGCGAGCUCUCAGCAAAUCUCUCACGAAAAUCUAACUCCGCCGCCCUUCUUCCUGACCAUGAGAAGAAGCAGAGGUUUUCUGAGAUUAAAGUUGGAUUGGACGAUGCUGAUGCUUUGAUUCGGAAAAUGGACCUUGAAGCCAGAAGCUUGCAGCCGAGUGUAAAGGCGGUGCUUCUUGCUAAGCUAAGGGAAUAUAAAUCUGAUCUCAAUAAGUUGAAAAGGGAAAUCAAAAGAAUUACAUCACCUGAUGCCAAUCAGGCUGCUCGCGAAGAGCUGUUGGAGUCCGGAAUGGCUGACGUGCAUGCGGUUUCUUCUGAUCAAAGAGAGAGAAUGACAAUGUCUGUUGAGAGAUUGAAUCAAUCAAGUGAUAGAAUCACGGAGAGUAGGAGAACCAUACUGGAGACUGAAGAGCUUGGUGUCUCCAUUCUCCAAGAUUUGCAUCAACAGCGGGAAACUCUCCUGCAUUCCCAUCAAAAACUUCAUGGGGUAGAUGACGCCAUUGACAAGAGUAAAAGAGUUUUAACUGCCAUGUCACGGAGGAUGACCAAGCAUAAAUGGAUCAUCGGCUCAGUCAUUGGAGCUCUUAUCGUUGCAAUCCUGUUUAUUCUAUAUUUUAAGUUUUCUCAUCAUUAAUGAAUAUCGGAUACGAAUACCAUCUGUGGUAUAAGAGAUUCUCUCUAGUGAUUGUUGUAUCUAUACAUAAGCUCUAUUGCCCAGAGAGUAAUGAAUCAUAUUUCCCCUAUUUUAUCAAUA